AUGCCCUUAUCCUCCUCUUCCCGCCGUCGCCGAGGCGGGCGCGGCGGACGACGCGGCCGCAAUGCGCCGACGGCGCCGGCGGCCGCGGAUGAGACGGAGACGAGGAACUGGGCGGAGCUGCCGCUGGACGCGAUCUCGGCCAUCCUCCACAAGCUCGACCACGUCGACAUCCUGAUGGGGGCGGGCCAGUUGUGCCGCUCCUGGCGCGGCGCCGCUCGCGACGAGCCCGAGCUGUGGCGCCGCAUCAACAUGCUAGGCUACGCCGACCUCGAGCACGAGCUCAACUUCCCCGGGAUGGCGCAGGCCGCCGUCCGCCGCAGCGCGGGGAGGUGCGAGGCGUUCUGGUGCGAGUACGCCGCCGACCACGACUUCCUCCUCUACCUCGCCGACCAGGCACCAUCUCUUAAGAGCCUUCGCCUCAUUUCUUGCUAUGAUGUUUUCGAUGAUGGACUCACUGAGGCGAUAAUGAAGUUCCCUUUGCUUCAGGAGCUCGAGCUUUCAGUGUGUCCAAAUGUGGAUGACAGUGGUGUCUUUGGGGUUAUCGGUAAAGCAUGCCCACAGCUGAAACGCUUCAGACUGUGUAAGGAUGUGUUCUUUGAUUAUGAAGCCAGUGAGCAGGAAAAGGACGAGGAAGCCCUGGGGAUUGCGACUAUGCACGAGCUACGCUCUUUGCAGCUGUUUGGCAAUAGCCUCACCAACAAAGGGCUGACAGCCAUCCUGGACAAUUGCCGACACCUGGAGUCCCUUGACAUCCGCCACUGUUUCAACGUCACCAUGGACGAUGCCCUGCGUGCAAAGUGUGCCAGGAUAAGCACACUGAGGCUUCCGAAUGACUCAACCGAUGACUACGACUUCAUUGUGAAGAGCCCUAUUUGGAGGAAUUCAGAGUCCUUUCUGGGUGAUUAUGUGGGAUCUGAUUCUGACUACGAGCUUGGCUCGGAUGAUUACGACGACUACUGCGAUCCUUCCCGCUACCUUGAUGGUGUGUAUGAGGACGAGCUUAAUGAUGAAGCGAGGAUGCUUCUCAGGGGCAUGCGUAUGCUUAUGAAGUGA